AAAUAUAUCUUUCACUUUCUUUUAUAUGUCUCAUCUAUUUUUCCACUUCUUUCUUUCUCUCUCUCUUUUUUUCCUACUCCACUAGCUAUAUGUUUACAAGUUAGGACUUUAUUAGUGCAAAUAUUUGGACAUGUUCAUAAUAGUAGAGGUUUGAUAUGACAUGCCUAUUAUUUUUCUGCACGUACUUCCUCACUAGUACUUUAAAAUUCCCGGAGGCGGCCGCAUGUGGCCAUUUCGCCGUUAGCCGUGACGCGGCCGGCUUUUUGAGUCCCACAGAGAAAACCCAAGACGGAGAGGCAUAACAAAUAAACCCUAAAUCGUCCCACUAACUUCAAAAUUCCCCUCCCAAUUUCCAAUUCUUCAUUGCUUCCCCAAUAAUUCACCCCCAUAUAUCGUUCAAUUUGUGGAAAUCACUCCAUUUCUCCUCCUGAUUCGCGCUUUUCCAAGCAAUUCCUUGCGGAAUUCCCAUGCAAUCCUUUGAUUAGAGAGAUGGCGGACUCCACGGCGGCCGAGAAGAGCAUCUUGAUCUCGCCGACGAGCUCGCGAUCGGUGACGGAGACUGUCAAUGGCUCGCACAAGUUCGUGAUCCAGGGCUACUCGCUGGCGAAGGGUAUGGGGAUCGGAAAGCACAUCGCCAGCGACAAUUUCACCGUCGGAGGAUACCAGUGGGCGAUAUACUUCUACCCGGACGGCAAGAACCCGGAGGACAAUUCCACGUACGUGUCAGUGUUCAUUGCGUUGGCCAGCGAGGGCACUGACGUGAGGGCGCUGUUCGAGUUGACGCUCGUGGACCAGAGCGGGAAGGGCAAGCAUAAAGUCCACAGCCAUUUUGAUCGAUCGCUGGAGAGUGGCCCGUAUACACUUAAGUAUCGGGGAAGCAUGUGGGGAUACAAGCGUUUUUUCAGACGAGCUCUGCUGGAAACGUCGGAUUUUCUCAAGGAUGAUUGUUUGAAAAUCAAUUGUACAGUUGGAGUUGUGGUUUCAGCCAUAGAUUGCUCAAGAUUGCAUUCAAUUCAGGUCCCUGAUUCUGAUAUUGGAGCGCAUUUUGGUACAUUACUAGAAAAUAUGGAAGGGUCAGAUGUUACUUUUGAUGUGAGCGGGGAAAAAAUUCAUGCCCAUAAGUUGGUAUUGGCUGCUCGAUCCCCUGUAUUUAGAUCUGAAUUCUUUGAUGGGUUAGAGGAAGAUAAGAAAGAAAUUAUAGUUUCAGAUUUGGAACCUAAGGUCUUUAAGGCUAUGCUGCAUUUCAUAUACCGAGACACACUUAUGGAAGAUGUGGAGUUGGCAGCAUCUAGUUCAUUGUCUUCUGAAUCUUCUGUAUCUGACACACUGACGGCAAAAUUGUUGGCAGCGGCAGACAAGUAUGAUUUGGUCAGACUUAGACGGAUGUGCGAAUCUUAUCUUUGCAAAGAUAUAUCCGUGAACUCUGUUGCUAAAAUUCUGGCCUUGGCCGACCAUUAUCAUGCCACGGAAUUGAAAACUGUUUGCCUAAGAUUUGCUGCUGAAAACCUUGCUGCUGUUAUGCGAUCAGAUGGAUUUGAAUACCUAAAAGAAAACUGUCCUUCACUGCAAUCAGAGCUCCUGAAAACAGUGGCAGGUUGUGAGGAGGAUUGUAGCAGUGGUGGUGGGAAAAGUAGAAGCGUGUGGGCACAACUUUCUGAUGGUGGUGAUACCAAUGGCAGAAGGGUAAGGCAAAGGACAUGAUAUUUGUGUAAAGAAGGUGGUGAUGUCAAAAAAUAGGGCAAGAUGAGAAGGGACUAAACAUUCCUCCAUUGUUUUCUGCAACGUGUUUCACAGAAUAUGGUUGUAUAGCAGCUGUAAACUGGUGGUUUAAUUGUAGAUUUCAACUGAGAAUUGACUUCAAGCGAUCUUUCAGUUUUUGAGCAAGACGUCGUUCUGUAAACUCUGUACAAUGCAAUACUAACUGACAUUUGUAAUUCUCCAAAUUGAGGGUAUUGGCCUCUUCAUCAAAUCAUUAUGCAUUUUUAAUUCUCCUAA